AUGCAGAACAUGUUGACUCUCCUCUCCAACGCGCUGUGUCGGAUCACCGGCAGGUCUGCGGGAGCACAAACGGUGUCGGAGUUGCUGAUUGACCUGUCAGAGUACGUCAGUCUAACCUCGCCAGCGGCCCCUGACUUGGCUCGGACGCAGCGACUGCCCCCCAAACCUCCGCCAAUAGUCGGCGAUAAAGCCGGCACAGCGCCUUUAGCUAGCACAUCGCUAGACGCGCCAGCUGCCCGUGUCACCGCUUCCCGAUCUUUUGCAGACUUCACACCGCAGGUGACCUUGGACAUCAAGAAAUGCGAUUUGCACCGAUUGGAGGAGGGGCCUCCCGUGCAAGCGGAGCUAACGCGUGAGCACGGCCUCCAGUAUUAUCGCACCAUGCAAACAGUAAGGCGCAUGGAGUUGAAAGCCGAUCAGCUGUACAAGCAGAAGAUCAUCAGAGGUUUUUGUCACCUUUAUGACGGACAGGAAGCAUGCGCUGCUGGAAUCGAGGCCGCCAUCAACUCUAGCGAUCACCUGAUCACUGCGUACCGCGCGCACGCCUACACGUACACCCGCGGUGUGGCUGUCAGGGAGAUUCUGUGCGAGCUGACGGGUCGGAGGGGCGGCGUUUCCAAAGGAAAGGGAGGCUCCAUGCACAUGUACGCACCGCAUUUUUACGGAGGGAACGGGAUUGUUGGAGCACAGGUUCCACUAGGUGCAGGAAUCGCUCUGGCGUGUCAAUACCAAGGCAACAAUCAGUUAUGCGUGACGCUGUACGGUGACGGUGCUGCCAAUCAGGGGCAGCUGUUCGAGGCAUUCAACAUGGCCGCUCUCUGGAAGCUUCCGUGCAUUUUCAUCUGCGAGAACAACCAGUACGGCAUGGGGACGUCGGCGGAGAGGGCGUCUGCUUGCACCGACUACUACAAAAGAGGAGACUACAUACCGGGAAUUAGAGUAGAUGGGAUGGAUGUCCUGUGUGUGAGAGAAGCGGUCAAGUUUGCAGCGGACCUAUGUCGAGCCGGAAAGGGUCCAAUUGUGAUGGAGCUCAAGACAUAUCGCUACCACGGACACAGCAUGAGUGACCCUGGUGUCAGUUACCGUACUCGGGAGGAGAUCCAGGAAGUACGCAGCAAGAACGACCCCAUUGCACUGUUGAAGGAACAAAUGCUGAGCAACAAUAUGGCGUCCAUUGAGGAGCUCAAGGAAAUGGACGUCGCCAUUCGCAAGGAGGUGGAUGAGGCAGCGCAGUUUGCAACAGCGGACCCCGAACCGCCGUUGGACGAUUUGUGCAGCCACAUCUUCAAAAAUGAGCCCCCGCUUGAGAUCCGUGGGACCAAUCCCUGGUCAAAGCUGAAGUCUGUAAGCUAG